CGCACACGAACCACGAUGAGGACGGCAUGCGGCCGCGUCGCCUCCGACACCGAACGUACGUGCGCCGCGAUGUAAACAUACUCUGUGAAGUGAACAACAAAUCAUUGAUAAAAAUCAGUUUAAUAUAACAUUAACUCUAAUAAUAGUGAAUUAGUGUUUUGACUUACCGCUUCGGUACGAUCGGUAUAGACAAAUGUGUGAAAAAAAUGUUUCAAUUGCUGACUCUUUUGUUAGUGACUUUGGGUGUUGAUGCCGCGUACGCGCCGAGAGGCGUGGACAACUGCAGCCGAUUAACGAAUGGUGACGAAGGAAACACCUUGUGCCGGGUGCGAACUUUAGAAGGCGAUGGAUCCAGUUUUGCAUCUGCACCUUCAGAGGGUACGAAGCGCCUUACAGUCGAGUGCAACCAGCUGCUGCUCUUCGAAAGUUCGAUCGAAGCGAACUAUUUUCAAAGAUUUUCAACACUCACCGAACUAACACUUCACAACUGCAAACUUCUCAGGAUACCAGGCAACGCGUUCGAAGGAUUACGUGAACUGAAAAAGUUGUCGAUCCGAUCUAAAAACUACGAUUGGAGCCCGAAUAAAAACUUAGAGCUCUCGCUUGGAACUUUCAACGGAUUGCGAGAACUACAAACACUCGAUUUGGGUGAAAACAAUUUAAAAGUUAUACCUUCCGAUGUUUUCUGUCCGCUUGAUAAUUUACAAGUUUUGAAUAUUACUCGGAACAGAAUUAAAAGUGUCGACCGGCUUGGCUUUGGGAAGAAUUGUGGCUCCGGCCUUCGAAGUUUGGAUUUAAGUAACAAUGAAAUUAAGUUGUUGACGGAGGACUCGGAAAUUACGGGAUUAAGAAGACUACAAGAAUUAAAACUGCAACACAACAACAUCUCGGAUAUCUCCGGUGAAACAUUUAAUGGGCUUAUUUCUUUAAGAAUUUUAAAUAUUUCUUAUAAUUACCUGCAACUUAUACCAGAAGGGACUUUUGCAAACACGAAAGAGUUGCGUGAGAUAUAUUUGAAUAAUAACCAGCUAUUUGAGUUAGCCAGAGGCGUGUUCCACCGACUAGACCAGCUGCUUGUCUUAGAUUUAUCGAAUAAUCUACUCUCAAGCGCUCACAUCGACGGCGGAACAUUUGUUGGUCUCAUACGCUUAGUCAUUCUGAAUUUAUCAAAUAACGCGUUGACGAGAAUAGAUGGUAAGACGUUCAAAGAUUUAUUCUUUCUUCAAAUAUUAGACUUAAGAAAUAACUCUAUUGGAUAUAUUGAAGAAAAUACUUUUCUUCCGUUAUACAAUUUGCACACAUUAAAUUUGGCAGAGAACCGCUUACAUACAAUAGAUGAGUUUCUUUUUAACGGAUUAUUUGUACUUAGCAAAUUAAAUUUGAACAAUAACCUUCUAAUAAAUAUAGACCCGAAAGCUUUUAAGAAUUGUUCUGACUUAAAGGAAUUGGAUUUGAGUUCUAAUCAAUUAACGGACGUCCCAUCAGCAAUCUGGGAAUUAUCUUUAUUAAAAACAUUAGAUCUCGGCGAGAAUCAAAUAUCAGAUAUUAAAAAUGGCUCUUUUAGAAAUUUAGAACAAUUAACCGGUUUGAGGCUCAUCGACAACCAAAUUGGAAACUUGUCUGUUGGUAUGUUUUGGGAUUUGCCGAGUUUACAAGUUUUGAAUUUGGCAAAGAAUAAGGUUCAAGCUAUAGAAAGGGGCAGUUUUCAAAGAAAUAAACAAUUAGAAGCCAUAAGAUUAGAUGGUAACUUUGUAUCAGAUAUUAAUGGAGUGUUUUCAGCGUUAAUGAGUUUAUUGUGGCUUAAUUUAUCCGAAAAUCACUUGGUAUGGUUUGACUAUGCUUUUAUACCUAGUAACUUAAAGUGGCUCGACGUGCACGGGAACUUUAUUGAGCAUUUAGGGAAUUAUUAUAAACUCCAAGAUGAAAUUCACAUAAAAACUUUGGAUGUUAGUCAUAAUCGUAUUGUUGAAAUUUCCUCAUUGGCAAUUCCAAAUAGCGUCGAACUGCUUUUCAUAAACAAUAACCACAUAAACAAUAUCCAAGUAAACACAUUUAUGGAGAAACGCAAUCUUACUCGAGUCGAUAUUUACGCAAAUGAGAUAUCUCAUUUAGAUAUCAACAGCCUCCGGUUGUCCCCGGUUCCUUCAAACAAGUCGUUGCCCGAGUUCUACAUAGGAGGAAAUCCGUUUAACUGUGAUUGUUCGAUGGAAUGGCUGCCUCUGAUAAACAAUAUGACUGCCAUGAGACAACACCCGAGGAUAAUGGAUUUAGAGAAUGUAUUGUGCAAAAUGACGCACACCCGAGGCGUAACUCACAUACCUUUGGGCAAUUUGAAGUCUACGGAUUUCUUAUGUACAUAUGAAACACAUUGUUUUACACUUUGCCAUUGUUGUGAUUACGUUGCUUGUGAUUGUCAGAUGACUUGUCCAUAUAACUGCUCUUGUUACCAUGACCCAACUUGGCAUACCAAUGUAGUGGAUUGCUCUAGUCAACGUGCAAUCGAAAUACCAGAGAAAAUUCCAAUGGAUGCAACUGAGGUGUAUUUAGACGGGAACGACUUUAAAGAGUUGCAAAAUUAUGCAUUCAUCGGCCGAAAAAACAUGAGGUCGCUUUAUGUAAAUUCAAGUGAAGUUGAAAACAUACAGAACAAGACAUUUGCUGGGCUGUCCUCUCUCAUUAUUUUACAUCUGGGAAAUAAUAAGUUAAAGCACUUGAUCGGCUACGAGUUCGAACAUUUGACACAGCUUAAUCAGCUUUAUUUACAAAACAACUUUAUUAACCACAUAGGUAACUUGACAUUCUCAACACUACAUUCAUUAAAAAUAUUACGUCUUGAUGGAAAUAGAUUAGUAGAUUUUACUGUUUGGAGCUUGGGCUAUAAUAGAAACUUAAACGCUGUAGCAUUAGGUAACAAUAUGUGGUCUUGCAAAUGUAGAUAUUUACAAAGAUUUACGGCGUAUAUAUCCGAUAAUGUUCCUAAAAUCACUGACAUAGCAGACGUAUGGUGCUGGAAUAUUGCUUCCCCAACGCCACAAAAGAAAGAACUCAAUCUCAAUGGUACAAUCUGCAGCGACUAUUACGCUGGAGAUUCUGUUAUAGAUAAUAUGCUAGUUUCAAAUUACAUGCCCAUGAUGGUAACUACGCUCACCGGAUUUAUGCUGAUCAUGCUAGUCAUCCUUGUGAUUUUCUUGUUUAGAGACACAAUCCGCAUAUGGCUCUAUACUAGCUGCGGAAUAAGAUUGUUUCCAUUCACCGGAGCGUACGAUGACACUGAUAAAUUAUACGAUGCUUAUGUGUGCUACAGCCCUAAGGAUGAUGACUUUGUUAUUCAAACGUUGGCCGCUGAGUUGGAAAAUGGGAACCCCUCGUAUCACCUGUGUUUACACUAUAGAGAUAUUCCGCAACACAAUGUUGCCUAUAUGCAGUGUACACUACCGUUACCUGAAGCCGCAGAAGCGUCCAAGCGAAUUGUUCUUAUAUUGACCAGAAACUUUAUUGAAACAGAGUGGUCACGCUUCGAAUUUCGCCAAGCAUUACAUGAAAUUCUCAAAACUCGAAUUUAUACCUUAGUUAUUAUAGAAGAAAGCACAGUUUUGCCUGAAGCUGAAUGUGAUCCUGAUUUGAGGCCGUAUUUGAAAACAAGUUCGAGAAUAAGAUGGGGCCAAAAUAAGUUUUGGGAGAAAUUGCGUUAUGCGAUGCCAGAUAGGAAGUAUAGAAAGAAAACAUCAAGUUACAGGAACAAUAUUAAUUCAUAUUCAAUGAGAAGUGGUGUACAGAAUGGAACGAUGAGGUCGUUUUCCUUUACGGAGAAAAUGAGAGGGUCGGCCGACGGUGUUAGUACCGCCCCGCAGUUUGAAGAGCCACCUCAGCAGGUGCAAACUGCUGCGUAUGGGCCAGACGGCAGGCCUCCCUCAGACCACAUAUACUCAUCAAUAGAUUCCGAUUACUCGUCAUUAGAACUAGGCGGGAACAAUCCCAAUCGACGGCGGGAAUUCAGGCAUUGGCCUCCCCCGCCACCAUUAAUUGACACUCAACCCUCAGGUCAAGCCUAUCUUGUCUAGUCCACGCUUCUCAUAAACUCGAUAUAAAACCAUUUAGUCAAACGCUUCAUGUGAAUAUUGUAUUAACCGCAACGCGCGCUUUACCAAAUAAUUAAAAUUUUAAUCUCUAUAUUUUUGUAAUUUCUCGCCGUUUCAAAGGGCGUCUCGUAAUGUUUAGUGUAAAUACAUUCUAUAAGACUGCUGUAGUAAUAUUAUGUGAAUUUGUAAAUAGAUUGUAAAUAAAUGUCCAUAUAAGUCACGAGUAUACUAUUUAUAUACUUUAAUA